AUGGAUAUCAUGAUGGCUUUCCGUGCACACAUUUUACCGAUCAUAGCAGGGUCAAACUCAGUUACUCUUAACCGUACACUAUGCCAGUUGAAUCUCUUUCGGAUGAUUCAACGUUUUCCACAACGUCAACUGCACUCCACCAAUGCCGACACUCCUAAAGGCAGCCGAUACAGUUAUGCCAAUGCGAGUGAGAACACAGCCUUGGGCAACUCAACGCGUGCGCGUGUUUGCUCCUCUAGUUGGUGUCUUGGUGACCGUGCAUUCCCAGGCCUUAUUUACUUUGCUGCUGUUAUUCAUCUUCUUCCUAAGCAAGUUACCAAGACCGGAAUCUGUCUAGACGAUCCUCGGCUGAAGGCUCUUAUAGACAACUUGAAGAGGAUAGGUGGGAUCAGAGGCAGCCAGCGGUUAGCCGUAAACACUCACUCCCUCACUCUUGAUAGGGAAACAUUCAAGAGCGUGGUACAAGAAAAUCUGCAAAUGCUGAUGCGAGCAAUGACCGACGACUUUUGCAUUCCGGACUUCAGAACGUUUGCAGCUGUCGUUGAGGAGCUGUUCCAUCAUUGCCAACAGAACGACGGUGGGAAACUUGCUAGCUACAUUCCCCAGUUAGAACAAGUAGAUCCAAACUUAUGGGCAGUAUCGCUAUGCACCGUGGACGGACAACGACUAUCACUUGGCGAUUCAUCGGCUCCCUUCACUAUUCAGUCGAGCAGCAAACCGCUUACAUACGCACUAGCUCUAACUGAACUUGGUCCCGAGGUUGUCCACCAGUAUGUAGGCUACGAGCCUUCUGGAGUAGCGUUCAACCAGAUAAUAUUGAACCAACAAAACCGCCCGCACAAUCCGCUCAUCAAUUCCGGUGCUCUGGCAAUCUGUAGCAUUCUGCAGCCCCAUUUGAGUCCUCCGGAACGAUUCAGGUAUGUGGAAAACAAAUUCAGCCAAAUGGCCGGUGGUCACACACUUGGAUUCAACAAUUCAGUCUACCUGUCUGAACGUGCCACAGCAAAUCGCAAUUUUGCCAUCGCUUAUUAUAUGAAAGAAAAUCUAUGUUUUCCCGAACAUACCAGUCUGAACGAACUGAUGGAUUUCUACUUGCAAAUCUGCUCCAUCGAAGCCAAUUGUGACGCAGUGUCUGUGAUGGCCAGUACCCUCGCCAAUGGUGGUAUUAAUCCACUGACCGGUGCACGGCUGGUAACUGUCGCAGCCGCCAGAGACACACUCUCUGUAAUGCAUUCCUGUGGUAUGUACGACUACUCCGGUCAAUUCGCAUUCAAAGUCGGUCUUCCAUGUAAAUCCGGUGUGUCCGGUGUCAUUAUGGUUGUUGUGCCAAAUCUUUUGGGCCUGGCACUCUUCUCCCCUCGAAUUGACCGGCACGGAAACUCCGUACGUGGGGUUCAAUUCUGUCAGGAAUUGGUGCAAAGGUUUAUAUUUCAUCACUACGAAAGUCAAUUGCACAGUAAUGAGAAGGUAGACCCGCGCAAAUCAAAGGACUCCAGCCGUUGGGAUACAACAACCGCCCUUAUGUUUGCCGCCGAAAACAAUGACAUGGCAGCCCUCAGAAGAAUGUACAUAAGUGGCGUCGACUUCAUGUCGCUCGAUUACGAUGGUCGAACAGGACUCCAUGUGGCUGCCAGCUGCGGAGCGUUGGAUGCAGUGCAGUUUUUCAUCGAGGUUGGCGGAGUUGACCCAAACUCGGUCGAUCGAUGGGGACACACACCUCUCUCGGAGGCCAGGAACUUCAGUCAUGCCAAAGUGGCCGAGUAUUUAGAAGGUGUUUUAAAGAUGACGAAGACGUAACUCUCAGGCAAAUGCAUUUAGCCUCUUCUCCAUGAACUACGUACUCAGAAUUUGGUUCAAUGUCAACUUUGCAGCUCUGCGAGAAGGGUUUGUUUCCCGAAUAUUCCACACGAACAGACAUUCCAUGUAUCAUUUCUAUGGCUGCUUUAAUCGCAUCAAAUACAUCUAUCCUCAUUACAGA